AUGAAUGAUACUAAUUCCUCACCAAUAAUUCCACCCAUGACGUCACUAUCAUAUGCUACACCUCUGCCACCACGACCAAGAUCCCCAUCACCACAGUCAUUUUCUUUUAAUUUAGGCGCUUCACCAAUACAAAGACGAAAACGAAUAAGAUUACAACGAGGUUCAAUUGACUAUUAUUUCGAAGAAAAAUUGAAACGAACAACACCAACAACAUCACAUCCAUAUACACGGCGACCAAAAUCCAACCAAACACACAGUAAAUCAGAUCAUUAUUCAGAUUCAUCAGAUACUGACGAAACAUUAUUAACCACAAAAACAUCAGCAGAUUUACCAACAGCAGAAAUAAUACCACAGGACAAUCCUAGUGUAUUUCAUUGA